AUGUUGUUGGGAAUGGUCUCUUCGAUCUAUUUGAGGAAGUUGUGUACGUUUUCUUCUAAAAUAGCUAAGAGAUUUUACGGCUUCUCUGGUCGGUUGAGAAGCGAAAUGUUUUUACAGAGGUUCAGUCCAACUACAGGAAGAAUGGAAUGGGUCAUGGAGGAUGAAUAUUACGACAUGAGGAAUGAAAUCGCGAGGUAAUUUAGGAGAUCGUUACAUUCGUAUUUGACAGGAUAACUGUAGUGUGGAAAGUGAAAUACGAUCGAGCCAGAGACAAACUCAGCGAAGUUAUUCUCUUCCAUCUUUCUUCCACAGAUCGUCUUAUGCAGACAUGCUUCACGAUGACGAGAGGGUAGGAUUUUGAUAAAAUCCUAUAAGUUGCAAUUGUUGAGAAAAAAAGAGACACUUAUGAAGGAGUUUCUCAGGACAUGUUCAGUUAGGAAAAUCACUCAUUAGAUCCGCUAGAAAAGAAAAAAGAAAACUGGUUGUUUCUUAGAUUUUUUGUAUCCUUUUUCGCUGUAGAACAAAAUGUACUAUCAGGCAACCAAAGACGCUGUCAAAAAUAUCAAAGCUGCUGGGAAAAAAAUUCACAUGCUAGAUAUUGGAACAGGGACUGGACUUCUGGCCAUGAUGGCUGUGAGGAGUGGGGCAGAUGGGGCCACUGCUUGCGAGGUAACCAAUCACCUUUUUAGUAUGCAUGAAACAAAUUGUGUUAUUCUGGAUUCUCAAAUCUGCUUACUUUGUAUUUGCCAGGCAUUUGAACCUAUUGCUAAAGUAGCUAGUGAAAUAGUGAAAAAGAAUGGAUUUGGUGACAAAAUCUCAGUUAUUGGGAAACGCUCAACUGAAUUAUCAAUGGAAGAAGGUAAAAAAAUUCAUCAUUUUGAUAGAUGUAAUAGUAAUUAUCUAUUGUGGGUGGAAUAUGGUGCGGAGUGAUAAUGACAAUGAUGAUGAAAAUUGAUGAUAAUUGCACUUGAAACCAUUUUUACCAGGCUUCAGUAAGUUAUUCAAGCCCUGGCCAGGGUCACUGUGUUGUGUUCUUAGGAAAGACACUUUACUCUCACAGUGCUUCUCUUCACCCAGGUGUACAAAUGGGUACCAGCAAAUGUGCUGGGGGUAACCCUGCGAUGGACUAGCAUCCCAUCCAGGGGGGAGUAGUAAUACUCUUAGCCACUUCAUGCUAAGAAAACCGGAGUUAAGUACCGGCCCCAUGGGCCACUUGGGCCCAUAUAAAGGCUUUACUUUUUUUACUAGGUAAGUUAUUGGCCAUCCUCAAAAUAGGUCCAAGGAUGGCCAAUAACUUACCUAUGUGUUACAAGAAGUAUUGGGUCUCAGCCUUGGGAAGUUACUGCAGCAUGAUUUUAGAGAUCUGGAAGAGCAUAAGAGAAUUGGAGAGAAUCAUCUUGUAAAGAGAAUUAGAAAUGAUAGUACUCGAUUAAUAAAUCUUGUCAGUUCUAUAUAUACCUUGUAGUAUUCAGAUUUGGUGGGCAAUGCACUUGGCAGCUAAUUAAUAUAAUUUGUACAUCCUGCAAUACUCAUAACUGUUAUUUCAAUUAAUGUAGUGGGUGAUUGUUUUUACAAGGUGCUUAUAGAAAAUUCAGUUUCAAUUGACAAGUAAUUGUUGGUUUUUCUUACAGAUGGAAAUUGCCAAAGCAGAGCUAACUUACUAGUAACAGAACUUUGGGAUACAGAACUUAUUGGAGAAGGUGCACUACCAACUCUAAGGGAUGCUUGCAAUCGCUUACUGGAGGUAUAAAUUUUCUUAAUUUUGUCAAUAGUAAAUAGGAAAUGUAAAUGGUAAAUUUUGUUUUCAGCAAGUAUUUUUUAUUUCCUUAUCUUGUUUGCCUAUGUUACAGUCCACAAAACAGCAUGACUCUUGAAGUACUGUAAAUUGUCAGAAUCAGGUUAAUUAUAGAAUCUGAGUUUGCUUUUAUUAAAGAUAUAGCACAAACUUUAACAAUGAUUUAUCUCUAUAGCCAGGAUUUGUCAGUGUCCCAGCAGCAGCUACAAUUUAUGCUCAAGUUAUAGGAAGUGAUGCACUUUGGAGUAUGCACCAGUUAAAUCCACAGCAGGUAGUAAGAAUGCCUUAACAAUUGUAAAUUGCAGUUUGAGAAAGGAGAACAUCACAUGUGUCUUUCUUUUAUGAGUAUGAAAAAAGGCAAACCAAGCCACAAAAGCAAAUGAGAAGGGUGGAAUUUGUGAAAUUUGAAUUAAUGUCUUCCUAGCCUCCUUGUUUGGUUGAUUUUUAUAAUACCCUGCUUUGUUACUGGGAGUGAACAGUGUGACAUGCAAUAUAUAUUGUACUUGUAGGCCUAGUAUACAUGUAUGAAAUGUUUUUAACCUUAUGUCUCGUUUUGAUGUAUGUCUUAAUGUAUGUCUUAAGUAAAUGUAGUCAACUUUUCUAGGUUAUUGAUGGCUCGAACUGAGGUUGCAAGUGACAUUUAAAGACAUUUACACUAAGGGAGCUCUGGUAGAGCUAAUUUUGAUAAAACUCAGUCGUAAGUUCUUUCUGCUCAGAUGUUAGACAACCAAGAUAUUACCUUACCUGCUGAUAUGAAAGAUUGUCGUGGGACUGCAAGUGGUUUUGAUCUACAUGUUGAUGAGCUUUCUGACGAAGAAAUUCAUAUUUUUACAUCACCUGUUCCAAUUGUUAGGUAAAAUCCACGUCCAGAGUCAUAAUGAUGUAAUGUUUAUUUUUAGACAGGGAGAUUUAAAUCAAAUGUCAGGAUUUAGGCAUGCCUUGUAUAAAUGCAAGACUGGCUGGUAAACUGCAGUUAAAGCUUGCUGCCAAAGAGAAAAAGCUAAAAUCAGCUGUGCUUCAAUGGGAUAACUGUUGCAGAAGAAAAAAAGCUAAAAUCAGUUGAAUAUGCUUUAAUGGGAUAACUGUUGCAGAAGAAAAAAGCUAAAAUCAGUUGAAUGUGCUUUAAUGGGAUAACUGUUGCAGAAAAAAAAAACUAAUAUCAGUUGUACUUCAGUGAGCUUGAACCAGUGGAUAACUGACUUAACUCAGUUUAGUGCUUAUACUAAACGUUCUCCAGAAAGGAAUCUGCUCAUGGAUGGUGAUAUUUGAUAACAAAUUAUAUUCUGACUGGUGGAAGAGACAGCAGUGAAGGAAUAUUAAUUCGCCAAUUGUUGUCUUUUUCACAGGUCACUAUGCUAAAAUUGAACCAAUUGUUGCCCCCCAUCUUAAUCUUCUUGUUUUUUGUGUCUCUUCUGUGUUUACUACACCUGCCCUCCAUAUUCGCACUGGCUAGCUAUUACUUAGGUUACUGAAUAUGUCACAUGAAAUGGUGUAUGUGACCUGCAGAUUAAAUUAAGAAAAGAAUAUGACAGCAAUCUUGGCAGUAAUGAACACCACCUAAUAAGUAAUAUUUAAUAUAAGGCCUGAAAAAAAGUUCAGGCAUGUACAGGAUUUGAACCCAUGACUUCUGCAAUACUGGUGUAAGGAUCUACCAACUGAGCUAACAAGCCAACUGAGAGCUGGAAUCUUUUCAAGUCUUAUUUUCACUACUGCUUAAGUAGUGUUCAUCACUGCGACAAUUGCUAGAUCAUAUUUACUUAGGUUAUUGUUUGUUCAAGCAUGUCCAUUCUAAAACUAUUUUUUUCUCUCAUUUCAAUGUUGUGGUUGAAUUUGCUUUCUUCUCUGCUUCCUCCCUGUCUUUGCCAUAAAUACCAUGACAUUAUUUGUAUUAACCUAACAGCAUAGUCAUUGAUAAUAACCUUCUCUUGUCAGGGUUGAAUUCUGUAGUGGAUGUCAGUCAAAGAAUACCCACUGCACCAACAGAGUGUCAAUACCAGAGACCAAAGACAAAGUUGACAGUGAUAAAACAGUGUCUCGUUAUCAUGUUGAGGCUUCAGUCACCCAGACAGGUCCUGUACAUGGAGUGGUCAUGUGGUGGUCUUUAGAUAUGGACAUGAAUGGUGAAAUUAUCUUGUCAACUGCUCCACGCUGGGUACACCCUGAUGGCCACAAAAGACAGGUGUUUAGAAAGAGUUGUUUUCACUUAACCCUUUAACCCCUAAGAGUGACUAGCAUCUAAUUUCUCCUUACAAUAUCACCACCGAAUCACAUAUUUAAGUCAUGAGAAUAAAGGAAAUGAUCACCAACCAAAGAAACUGCUGAUUGUUAGACAAAUUCUCCUUAUCAGUGCUUUAGUAAAUGUAUGGAGAACUGUAUGGAGAAUAUGAAUACUGAUGUUAGGGUGUAAAAGGUUAACCUUUCCUAUUCUCAGAUUUGAAAACUAAUUCUCCUAACCAAUACUGCAUGUCACUUUGUUGGAUGUUCUUGAGAGUUUAUUAUGUCUAGCAAUUUUCCCCUAAGAAGAUAAGUUCUGUUGAUUCGAAGAUUGGAGAGAGGGUGGUAUUUAGUUGACAUAUAUCAUCUAUUACUAUUUUUUCAAAUGAAAUUAAUUAUGGGUUUCAUUUCUUGUUUUGUUUGAUAGUGGAGAGAUCAUUGGAUGCAGGCUGUCUAUUUCUUAAAGACACCGUUGGCCAUGCAAGAAGGUGCCAGAUUUGAAAAAUUUGAAAUCUGAUAAUUUAACAGCACUUACAUUAUCUGUUAAAAGGGUUUAAUGACAUUAAUGGUAAAAACCCUCAGCAAAUUAGUUGUUGUACUCCAAAAAAUUGAUAAGAAUGGGACAAAUUUUUGAUCAACUGAAAUUUCUCCCCCACAGGUGACAAAAUAAAUGUUCACUGUUACCAUGAUGACUACAGCAUUUGGUUUGAUGUCACACCAGUGAAUAGGUAUGUCCAACACAUAGUGGCAGAGUUUGAUUACUUCAAACUCUCUCAUUUCAUAGGGAGCUCAAUUUAUGGAGGGGUCUAUUUGUAAGUGUUUACAUAUUAUCUUCAUGCUCUAUCAAGCCUCUCUUUAAGAGGUAUUUGUUCACAAGGUUUCAGUAGGUUUACUAAUUUAUCAAACAGGUUCACUCUGGAUUGUGAAUUUGUCAUAUUUGUGUUCCCUGUCAUUUUGUACAUCUAGACCCUGGAAAAGAAACAAAUCAUUUUUAAAUGGGGCAAAAGGUAUAUAAUGUUUGAGAGCAACGUUGACCUCAUUAGCCUUAUUAUGCAAAGAUCUGAGUUUUACUAUGUUAUUAAUUGUGUGACAUAUUAAUGUUUUGUGUAUUCAGAAUUGUAACAACAGUUGAUCGUCCACUCUGCACAUGUGGUGCCCAUGUCACCUGGAGUCGUCACAGAUUUGCUAUGUUGAAUGACAGGCAAAGAUCACAGGCUUUUAAAGAGGCAUUGAGACAGGUUACAAAUUAGUUCUUUGAACCUCUUAAACAAGUACUUUAAGUCUUGUGCCCUAACCCCCCCUCCUUCCUCCCUCCCUCCCUCCCUCCCUCCCUCCCUCCGUAUGGAGUUGAAUCCUUAAUUAUACAGGUCAUUGGUCUCUUAGUCAAAUUGGUAAAUUGCAUUGGGAAUCUGGACAGGCCCACUGGGUGAUACAAUUUGUUUAAAGACAUAUUGAAGACAGAUGCUCAAUGUAGUAAACUCACAUUCUUGAAGUUCUGCUCUGAUCUUAAGCUGACCUCAAGCUGGAUUUGUCUCUAGUUCAACAACUCCAUUUCACUACAAAAUUAACCUACUGGUAAAUGUUUUGCCUCUUGCCAGUUCAAGGUUUGGAUUAUUGUUAUGUGAUAAUUUUAGAGGAGUUCCUGUAAACCAAGUAAAAACAGCUACAUCCUACGUGCUUUUCCACUGUAUUAUCCAGAUUAUCCUCCCACUUUUACCCCUUUCCAUACAUAUGUUGCAGGGGAGUCUACUAAAUAGAAAUUGAAGGAUAAAUCUAAUAAGAUCAGUUACCAACAAGAUGUUUAUUUUUUUGCCAGUUGGUUGCAGAGGGUCAUUCUAGAUGUUUGUGUAUCAGUGAUGGGUCAUUGCUUCCUGUCAUGGCAGCCAAACUCGGUUUUGAGAAGGUAUUUAAAGCAAUUAUACAGUGAAUUAUGAAAUGUCGCCAAAAACAAAAACGUGGAUGUAGAUCAAAAAUGAACUGGUGAUGAAGUAGUAAUCACACAUGUCUGUCUUGCAGGUCUUUACAGUAGAGUCAUCAGUAUUAUUUCAAAAGCUUCUAAAGAAGGUGAGUUGGAGCUGUUUUUAUUGUUAAGGUGGUCUCAAAAUCUCCCCUAUCUUAGUUGACUGAUAUAUUCUGUUUUGGCUUAUUUUGAAAAUGCUAAGCUGGGUUGGUACACGAAAUUAGCAAUAUCUUUAUCUUUUUGCUGUGCUGCUGUAACUUUGAUUUCCUCAAACUCAGUCAAACCGAUCCAUUUACUUCCUGUUGUGUUUCACAUAUUUACAUAGGGCUUAAUUGUUUUGUUCAGUUUACUUAAAAUAACCCACUACACCCUAACGCCAGUAUUUAUAUUCUCCGUUCUAUUUACUAUUUAUGUCCUAAGGUGCUGACAAAGAGAAUUUGUUUAAAAAAUCUAGAGCUUCUGUGGUUUGUGAUCAUUUCCUGCAUUCUCGUGAUCUUCAUGUUUGAUUCAGGGGUGUUCCUACAGGGAGAAAUUAGAUGCUAGUAGCUCCAAGGAGUUAAAAGGUUAAGAAAGGUGACAACAGCAAGGAAAUAACUGACUGUUUACCUCCCCCUUGUGGAGGCACAGUGGCCUCAUGGUUAGUGCGCUCGACUCCGGAUCUGGUGGUCCGGGUUCAAGCCCUGGCCAGGGUCAUUGUGUUGUGUUCUUAGGCAAGACACUUUACUCUCACCGUGCUUCUCUUCACCCAGGUGUUCAAAUGGGUACUCGAUGGACGAGCUCGAUGGACGAGCUCGAUGGACGAGCUCGAUGGACGAGCACUAGAAAACCGGAGUUAAGCACCGGCCCCAUGGGCCACUUGGGCCCGUAUAAAGGCUUUCUUACCUCCCCCAUUACAUUUAUUUCUCCCCAAUGGCGUCUCACUGAAUCGUUACACCCUUUCACCAUCUCGUUUUCUUUCUUUGUCAGAUUAUGGAUUUAAAUGGAAUAGCUGACAAAAUAGAGAUUCUUAGUCAAGAAGAGUCAGAUCUGCAGUUUAGGGACUUAUCAACUGUCCAGGUAAAUUGAAAUAAAUAUGAUCACGUAUUAUGCACAGACAAGAAAAAAAAUCAUAUUGAAUGGUAAUUGUUUUUUCCUGUCGUGGGCGUAAAUGUAUUUGUUUAACCGUUAAAGUUUUUUAGCUUUUCACCCAAAACCCGGGUUUAAGUGCCAGUGUUUCAACAUUAACAUACUGACAGUUGUAUAGCCCUUACCGGGUUCUUAGGCGGAGAAAAAGACUGAAAAAGCCAGCAAAAACAUGUGAGAAAAAUCGCGGAAUUUGUUAACGAAAAGAAAACUUUAAAAAAAAAAGACGCAUUAUUUUACUAUCAGGAUCUCACAAAGUCCUUCGAGAUAUUGACCCAACUUGUUACUCAGACGCUCUCCGUAGGAGGCUCGGGUUAAAAAUUCGGGUCAAGCGCGGUCAGUUAUUACAAAUAGUCGUAGAGGCUUAUGAGCGCCUGAGUAAGUCUGAGUUUCUCACGUGUAGGCUUCAAGAACUAGGUGAAAAGCAUGUGAUGAUAUUCUUUUAAAGGGAUGACAUUUUGCACAUGCUUCUCAAAUGGUUUUCACAUGACUUUCACAAUGCGAGGUUCACGUGAGAGAAGUGUGAAUACUGUAUUAAGACUGAGCUUAGAUUUUACCAAUGCGAGUGCAUGAGUACAUGCACGCACAUUACAUGCGUCUAGUUUAUUCAAGUAGUUUGGAAACUGGCAAUUUCUUUUUUUUUCUUUUACGCCAAAAAAAUAUGAACGAAUGAAUGAAAAGUUAGACAGCGUCUGGCCAAUUUGAGCGAGCGAGAUUAAUCAAAAGGAUUUAGUAUUGGAAAAAAGACAAAAUUAUAGAAAGAAAUUCCUGAAAGUCGCUGCGGCCUUCAUUGAGUUUAUCGUCUUCAAAACAUGUUUUGUGAUCCCACUUCUGUGAAAACAUUUUCUUACAACAGGAAAUGAUGGAAUAAUUAAACUGAUCACGAUUUUUACUCUUUGCUACGGAAUCUCAAAGCGGGCGAGUUCUGAGCGGGCACGGGUAGACAUUUAGAACACAGGAAUCACUUCAUCUUGCCUGCUCGCGGAGAAAGCCACACCAUAAAAUCAUUUUUAUAGCCAGUGGCAAGAUAUUAAUGAUUUGUUGUAGAUGUCUACAAUAAUUAUUCCGUGCUGUUGUAGCAGUUUACAAGAAUCCUUUUGAUGUCUGUGUAUACUCUUUUCAGGUUGAUGUUAUUUUAGGCGAGCCGUUUUUUACAAGUUGCCUGUUUCCGUGGCACAAUCUAUAUUUCUGGUACGCGGCAGCCAGUGCCGCUAGAGUAAGCAAACCAGCAGUCAAGAUAUUACCUAAGGGUGCAACCUUGAAGGCAAUAGCAGGUGGGUUAAUGGAAAUUACCAAAAGAUAUUGGCAAAAGUUUUAAGUCUCGUAUGUUUCAUUCAAUCCUUUUGUUUCAUUUGGUUGUGUGAGGUAACGUUAGUCACUGAAUAAGUGCUUGCACAUACUGUAACCAGCCCAAAAUUUAUUUAUCUUUUGUGGUCAAAUCGAUACAAUCCACAAAGAGUUGCCAGGGAAGAUUACAAGAGGUUUGAGGCGGGUGCGUCAGGUGUUCUAUGCUCGUAGUUUAUACAUGGUUUCGUUUUAGUUUCUCUUUCCGCGGCAUGUAACUAGACACUCACCAAAGCAUUUUAGAUUUUUGUUUUGUAGAGAAGAUUACCUACAAUAUAUUAUCGGUUCACUGAGAAUUCUUUCUGAGCUACCAAUCUCAAAGGGCACAACCCUUGUUCAGGAAUUUUACCUUUUAACUUUUUUAGUGGAGUUUGAUGACCUUUGGAAAUUUCAUGCCCCUGUGAAUAUCGUGGAAGGAUUUGAUAUCUCACUGUUUGACGAACUAAUAGAGGUAAAAUAGAUUUAAUAAACUUUUGCAUACGCAUUAAGUCACAAGUUAGAUUGCCAUUUGAAAUUUUCAAUGCAUCAAAGGGAGAAAUUGAUAUCUCCAUGUGCGAAAUCGCAUCCUGAGCGAAGAGAAAAGGAACUGAAACUUCACUGCCUUUCAUUUUAUUAUCGCAGUGAGCCAUUUCAGAAACACAGAUAACUUAAGUCUUGCGGUUAACGGAAAUGUAUACAAUUUUACCUCAUUUCUCGAGUUCUAAGAAGCUACACGUGUGGCAUCUUAACACGCUAGUCUCAUGUCAUCCAAGAUGUCACGCAAGAAACACGUGCGUGUCACAGACAUUCUUUUCUCGUGCGCGCGUGAAUUCUCGUUCCCCUUGUCUAAAUCGCUCGCGCUCUGUUUGAUCAAUAGCCAGUUGAGCAGGCUAUCGAUUGUUGUCUUUCAGGGAUCAAAACUUACAAAUGAAGAAAUCAACAGUGAAAGUAGUGAUGGGAUAGCACUGGAGCCUCAUCACUUGUGGGAGUAUCCGUGCCAUCCUCUAACUCAGGAAUUCACCCUAAUGGAAUUUGACUUCACUUCAAAUAUACCAAGCCAGAAAAUGGCAAGCAAAGGAGAAGCGAAACUUACGAGGUUAUUAAACAGCUACGGUUAUUUACCAGUUUGGAGUUCUGUUAACCCUAUAAACCCUAACAUCAGUAUGCCUAUUCUCCAUAUUGUUCACUAUUCAUUUAUUAAGGAGUUGACAAGGAGAAUUUGGUUAACAAUCAGGAGCUUCUUUAGUUGGUGAUCAUUUCCUUCAAUCUUGUGACCUCAAAAGUUUGAUUUAGGCGCUGAUAUUGUAAGGAGAAAUUAGAUGCUAGUCACUCUAAGGGAACACAGGGUCGAUAUUGUCCACAUCUGUGUGCACCAAAUUGUGUUUCACGCCCCUUCAGUAUGGCUGUCAUUCAUUCAUGUGUAGUGUUACUCCUAUAAGCAACGUUUAAAAUCAAACACGAAUUAAGGUAGACAGUUAACGGUGGGUUAAAGUCAACGCACUGUCUGAUUUUUACCAUUUUGAUGGAAAAAAGAAACAAACAAACAAACAAAAGAUACAUGAAAACAUCGUUCUAUUUAAGUGGGUACAAAGAGGGAAAAUUUCACGAUGCGGAGACUGAGAGUUGAUUUGACGAAAGAAGGAUGAUUUCUUUUAGUCAGUAACACAGUUAUAUACUUUCCCAGUUGUAAAUUUUAUUCAGGGUAUGUGUCUCUGUUAUUAGGCCUGGUACUUUUCAUGGUGUAGCAAUCUGGAUGGACUUCCACCUCACUGAUAAAUUAACCGUUACUACAGGAUUACAACAGGUGAGACAUGACUAAAUCAUUAUUUCCUUUAUUUUUUAAGAAACAUUUCAUUUUUUUGAGUUAAGAGAUUUUGAUGGAGUGUGCCAUAGCAAAAAAUUCUAAGUGAUCACAUUAGCCGAUUACGACAAAGGGUAACAUAAAAAAGGUAAAAGAGAACUCACAGUAGAAACAUCUAACCGCAAACGUCAGAAAACUCGAGUGGCCAAGCCAUGUUUGGCUCUAGUUUUGCAUCUGACUGGCCAAUUGAAAAAGUGGCGUGAUACUUUCAGGCCAAUCAGAGAGCGUUGUAAAGCAAAAUCAAUGCAAAUCCAGAAUUCUUCCGACACCCCUGGAAAGUUUCUAUGUUUGAUAAAAUUGGUUGAAUUCAUUCAAAUAUAUGAUUGAUCCACCGAUUUGUUCUUUGCUUACAGAAAAAAGAUGGUGCAGAAGAGAUAUCUAAAUUAAACUGGGUUCGCCACACAAAGCAAGGAGUAUACUUUGUGAAGUCGCCAACCAAGAUUCACGAUUUAACUCUUGCAAAUGAAAAUACUUCUUGUAUGAGUUAUGAUGUCAGUUUUGAACCAAGCACGGGAGAAAUAGAUUUUAACUUUCAGUUACAGACAAGCUAA